AAAACUCAACAGUUAUUAUCGCGAAGUCAGCGAAGAAGAAUCUGCUCUGCACUUGUCUGUCAGAAAGCAUAUCAAAUUUUUAAUAUAUUUUAUAUAAAACAUUUCAUUUCAUUCCUUGGAAUAUUAAACUCACGGAAAAUGUCGCUAGAUCAGGAAUUUGAGCAAGCUGCUGAAGAUAUUAAAUCUUUGACCAAGCGACCAUCAGACGAUGAGUUGUUAGAAUUGUACGCACUUUUUAAGCAGGCUACGGUUGGUGACGUUAAUACUGGUCGUCCAGGAAUGCUCGACUUGAAAGGCAAAGCUAAAUGGGAUCGAUGGAAUAGUAAAAAAGGAAUUUCAAAGGAAGAAGCUAAAAAAUCAUACAUCGCUUAUGCAAUGGGAUUGCUCGCAACAUAUAAAUAA